AUGAGCCGUCAAGGCAAGUUCGAGAGUUGCUAUAUCGGGCUGAAAACUCGAUUACUCAAACUGUUGAAAAUCGUUAAAAAUCGCGACGCUGCUCCCCCUGUGCCCUCCCAGCCAGACGUCAUCCAGCAAUUAGCAGAUCAGCAAGCCGUAUUUCUUCGCAUCAUGUCUACUAACAUGGUUUCACCUGCAACGCACGCUACCGUCGUGCCUCAAGAUGCAUAUCGACUCCCGGACUUGAAGUUGCCCCAGGUUAAUAUUCCUACAUUUAGUGGAGGCUAUCUCGAGUGGCAGUCGUUUAUAGAUCUGUUCGAUAGCUUGGUCGAGCAAAAUCCAACGCUAAAAGAUAGCCGAAAAUUAUACUUUUUAAAAACCAACCUCGCUGGUGAGGCGGCUUCUUUAAUUUCACACCUUAAAAUCGAAGACGCGAAUUAUAAACCUGCUUUAGAAAAGUUGGCAUCCCGGUAUGAUAAACCCCGUGAAAUAGCGAGCAAGCAUAUACAACGAUUUCUAUCGCAACCACCGCUUUCGUUUGCCUCUGCCAGUGGCUUGCGAGCACUGCAUGACGUGUCAGAUGAAGUUCUCCGAGCGCUCAAAGCCAUGGCUAGAGAGGAUCGUGAUACAUGGUUGCUUUUUAUACUGAGCGAAAAGGUGGAUCCCGAUACCAAACAGCUAUGGUGUCAAAAAAUUGCCGAAAUGAAGGAAGAAGAGAUUACCCUAACGCGGUAUCUAAAAUUUGUUGAAGCAAGAAGUUUCGCUUUGCAAUCGGCGCAUCCGAAUAAACCUAAAACAUUCGUACCCGCAAAAUUUCCUGCUAGAGAAGUAACAAAAUUCGUCACGACAAACCCCACAUUUUGUGAAGUCUGCUCCGCACAAUAUCAUCACCUAUUUCAGUGCGGCAAAUUUAUUCACAUGAGCUAUCACGAACGACUAGCUCAAGUAAAUCGAUUAAAACUGUGCCGAAACUGUCUCAAAACACAUCCCGGUAGCAGCUGCAAAGCUGGUUCAUGUAGAAAAUGUAACUUCCCACAUCACACUUUGCUGCAUCCACUUAUCACUGGUUCACAAACACCAAACACGGCUGAAUCAUCAACCGAUCAGCUACAAUCCGCGCAAUCAUUUAUUUCGGCACUAGAUUCUGCUGGUGGCCUUGGCUCCGCAAACGUCCUCCUAGCUACAGUGGCUAUUAACGUCCUAGAUAAAAAAGGGCAUCCUCAUGCCUGUCGCGCUGUUCUGGAUAGCGCAUCGCAAGUCAACUUUAUCAGUGAUAGCCUCCGUAAGCAGCUUGGUAUCGACACCUCGCAUGCUAAUGUGGAUCUGGAAGGCAUCUCGGCAGCUACCGCUCACGCAGAUCGAUUUGCAGACAUCGUUAUCACAUCUCGCUGCACGAACUAUCGAACCUCCGUGCCUUGCCUUGUAUUGGAGAGAAUAACAAAAUUUCUCCCAUGCAAACCAGUAAACGCUUCAGCCCCCCCUAGAAAGUGUUAA